AUGGAUGACCGUGAACGAGUGCACUGUGCCCUCUUUUUACUUCGUAACGAAGCCCGGAACUGGUGGGAGGGAGCUAAGGAAGGUAUUGAACUCGAGAACUUGUCAUGGGAGUCAUUCAAGGUCCAAUUCUUCGAGAAAUACUUUUCCAAGGACGUUCGGGCCAACAAACUCAAGGAAUUCUUGGAACUUCGCCAAGGGGAUCUCACCAUGACCGAAUACGUUCGACUAUUUGAACGAGGAUGCUUGUACGCCCCAUUCAUCGCCAAGGACGUUGAGGAAAAGAAAAAUCACUUCACAAGGGGUUUACAACCCGAAAUUCGAAGGGACAUCCGCAUGUGCGACGGCACUACCUUUCGCCAAAUGGUGGACAAGGCACUAACGGCUGCUCAAGACGAAAAUGAAAUUCAGCAAGGGAAACGAGCCCAGCCACCCACACCACGACCAUGGAAGAAGGCCAAUUUUGGAAAUCACAAAUUCAAAGGAAAGAAGGUCCAAAGUCCAAACCCUAAGCCAGUAGCACCGACGAUCAAGCCAACUUGCUCGAACUGCGGAAAGGCUCACUUUGGGAUCUGCGUAAAGGAUACCGAGUUGUGUUUUCGAUGCAAAAAGCUCGGCCAUAAGGCGAGAGACUGCCCCAACGCUCAAACUCGAGUCCCAGGCCGCGCGUUUGCCAUGACCCGAGUGUUAGAGUAG